CAAGAAAUCAGUCGUCAGCUAGUUGCCCAGGUGUGAGUUACACAUCGUGAGUAAAGAGCGCGUUGCGUGCCUUCAAGCCGAAACCACAACAGAACCAUCUUUUUAAAAAAUCUCAGCAUCAAUUCGUACGUAAAGUGUGUAAUACAAAUCUCGCAAGAAACUAAAAAAGAAAAAGAAACAAAUACAGACAGAGACUGAUCCAUAAAGAUCGCACAGUGUUGAAAAAGUGUUGUGUUUCAAAGCAAAGCAAAAAAAAAAAAACCAAAACGUGCAAUUAAAAAGUCAUCAGCUAUAAAACACAAAGUUCUAUACGCAAAAAAGCAAAAAAAAAAAAAACAAGACAACAACAAAAAACCCAAAAGAACCCAAGAUGAAUCAGACGUGCAAAGUGUGCGGUGAGCCCGCAGCGGGUUUUCAUUUUGGCGCUUUUACAUGCGAGGGCUGCAAGUCGUUUUUUGGUCGCUCGUACAAUAAUAUCAGCACCAUCAGCGAGUGCAAGAACGAUGGCAAGUGCAUCAUUGAUAAGAAGAAUCGCACCACUUGCAAGGCGUGCCGCUUGCGCAAGUGCUACAAUGUUGGCAUGUCGAAGGGUGGCUCACGGUAUGGUCGCCGCUCCAACUGGUUCAAGAUCCACUGUCUACUGCAGGAGCACGAGCAGGCAGCAGCUGCCGCAGCUGGCAAGCAGCCGGGACAUGGCACCGGUUCGCCGAUGAGUUCGCCCGGUUUUGGUGAUUUGGCCGCGCAUCUGCAGCAGCAACAGCAACAGCAUCAUCAUCAACAGCAGCAGCAGCAUCAUCAGCAUCAGCAGCAGCAACAACAGCAGCAGCAACAGCAGCGUCUUUCACAUUUGCCACCGCUGCUUGGCUAUCCGGGAUACCAUUUGCCGGAGCCAUUUGGUGCACGCCAUCCGGCUGAUGCAGCUGCUGCUGCUGCCGCGCUGCCCUUCUUCAGCAUGAUGGCCACACCACAGUCGGCCUUCCAGUUGCCACCGCACUUGCUCUUCCCAGGCUAUCAUGCCAGCGCUGCGGCGGCCGCUGCUGCGGAUGCUGCCUAUCGCCAGGAGAUGUACAAGCAUCGCCAGAGUGUCGAUUCCGCCACCUCCUUGGAGUCACAGAAUCGUUACACGCCACCAACGGCUACGCCACAGCCACAGCAACAGCCACAGCAACCACAGCCCGCAGCCUCGCCCAUCGAUGUCUGCCUGUCCGCUGACGAUGAUGACGAUGUGCAGUCACAGCAUAGUCACACUCACAGUCACACUGAUAGUCAACACAGUCGCAGUCCGCACCACACCAUACACACACCAGUUGCCAUACGUGCCACACCAACGCAGCAGCCGCAGCCGCAGCAACAGCAGUUGGCUGCCACCAACUCCGUCUCCGUGUCCGGCUCUGCCUCGCCCAGCCUCAGCAAAUCGCAGAGCAGCAGCCCAUUGAGUUUUACGGCGAAAAUGCAAUCACUUUCACCUGUCUCCGUCUGCUCCAUUGGCGGCGAAACAGUCGCUGCAAAUACAUCGCCCACAGCAGGGUCCGCCGCUGCCCAGGAUGGACCCAUGGAUCUGAGCAUGAAGACAUCGAGGAGUUCGGUGCACAGUUUUAAUGACAGCGAUGUCUGCAGUCUGCAGGAUGAGCACGAGAUGGCGCCGCGUCGCAAAUUUUAUCAGCUGGAAGCGGAGUGCACGGAGAGCACCACCAGCACCGGCACUACAACGACCAGCAGCAGCAGUUGCAGCAGCAGCAGCACAUCAUCCACAGCGGAGGCAACGGUUGCAGUCAAGCGGCAAAAACUGAACGCCAUUGGUGGUGAGACACCGCCGCCGUUUGGUGGUUUCGCUGUGACCCACAAUGCGGCCAGCGCCAUGCGCGGCAUCUUUGUGUGUGUCUAGUGUGGUUGUGGGUGGGUGGAGCCAAGCCGAACAGGCAAUCAACUCAUUUGCCUCGUCGUCGUAGUCGUCGUUGUUGUUGUUAUUUCUUUUUCUCUGUUAGUGUUGUUGUUUAUUUUUUUUAAUGUAUUUUCGUGUACGGUUUGAAUUCGAUUUGCGCCGUCGAAAUUGAAAUUUUUAUGGACAGGUUUUAGUGCUGCGCCUGCGUUUCAAGAGUUGGAAAGAGACAGCUAGCUGCAGCACAUAUAUAUAUAUAUAUAUAUGUAUACCAGCACAAACACUCACACAAGAACACACCACUCACACUAUUGAGCUCAAAUCCAAAAAUUAUUUAUACAAAAAGGAAAUGAAAAAAAGUUUUAAAGUUUUUUGUUUAAUAGUCGCUAAUUGUAAAUAUGUUUUUAAAGUUAAAUUUAUCAAGCGAAUUGUAUUUUAUAACAUGACAGUGGCAAAACCAUCCCUCCCCCUGUACCCACAAAAAAAAAGCAAGCAAAUCCAACCCACCAAAAAAAAAAAAAAUAUAAUAUCAGUCCUCAAUUUAUUGUAUAUAAAUCUUGUUAGUCUUAGUCUGAGUUUAUUAUUGAUAAGUAUUCUAUUCUAGCUUUUAGUAUUUGUCCUAGAGAUUGGCUUCUAAAUUUAUGCAAGAAAAAUAAAUAAUUAUGAAAA